AUGUUCAGCCUUAAAUGGUCCGUCCUCGUUGCCCUGUUUCAUUAUUCCGGGAUCUCUACAGCAGCACCGCAAGCCGCUGCUUUUGGCCCUGUUCUGCCAACCAAAGACUCUUUCUACCACCCUCCCGCCGGAUAUGAGAAGCAGCCACCAGGAGCAAUUCUUCGAAACAGAACAGUACCAUCUGCUCUUGCGAUCUCCGGCGUGUCCGCUGCCUUUCAACUUCUCUAUCGUACGACUGAUACCUUUGGCGAUGCAUCAGCCACUGUUACAACAAUUCUGAUCCCGAGAAACGCGGAUAGCACGAAGCUCCUGUCCUACCAGCUCGCUGAAGAUGCUGCGAACCCCAACUGUGCUCCGUCCUAUGUUAUGCAGCUGUUUGCUGAUUCGGGCGGGCCAUUCGGAACUAUCGUUAGCAACCUAGAGCUGAAUCUCAUUCGUGAUGCUCUUAAGAAGGGCUGGUACGUAUCGGUCCCGGACUUCCUCGGACCUAAAUCCGCGUUUCUGGCCAAUACUAUGGCUGGACACGCAGUCUUGGACGGGAUUCGUGCCGCGUUCCAUGCCGACUUUACGAAACUGUCUAAAAACGCACGGGUCGCUCUAUGGGGCUACUCUGGUGGGAGCAUGGCUUCUGAAUUCGCCGCUGAGCUCCAAGCGACAUACGCUCCGGAGCUAAAGAUCGCUGGAGCGGCUCUAGGAGGAACUAUUCCAAAUAUCCUAUCAGUGCUGAACACUAUCAACAAGUCUUUCUUUGCGGGACUGAUCCCAAGCGGUAUCGUGGGACUCGCCAACGAGUAUCCAGAAAUCGCUGCUCUCGUCGCAAAUGAGAUCAUCCCGAGCAAGGCAGACAUAAUCCAGAAGAUCACCACCCAAUGUCUGGGCGCUAACGUGCUCAGCUUCAUGGGUCAAGACGUCUUCUCCUAUACCAAAGAUCCUAAUGUCUUUAAUAGCACGCUGGUGAGGAAUGUUACCGACGCGAAUAACCCCGGUCAUAUCACCCCGACGAUGCCUAUCCUUAUAUAUAAAGGUGCUAAGGAUCAGAUCAGUCCAGUUGCUGAUACAGACAAGCUUGUUGACAAGUACUGUGGUACAGGGGGCUCGGUAGAAUACCGAAGAGUACCAGACUCUGAACAUUUGGGUCUAAUUUUCAAGGGUGCUCCAGGCGCGCUAAACUGGCUCAGUGACCGACUUAGCGGCGUUCCUGCAAAGCAGGGAUGCGUCAAGUCUACCAAUGCUUGA